CCACAGGACCUUCUCUCUCCACAUUCCCUCUAACGUGUGCCCAUUUUCAUGCUUCAUUAGCGAGUACCGAUAUUAUCAGCAGUCUUAUCUCUUUACUUGUCUUUUACAGUACACUUCUAAGCUCUCCAAUUCCACGGAAACUCUCUCCAAUCCCCUGAAUUGAAUUUACCAAAAAUUUUAUUUAUUUCAUCACCAAUUACUUUCUGUUUGUUUCUUCUUAUUAUCUUUCCUCCAUUUUCUUUCCAAAUUUUCCAAAAGGGUUUACUGUGAAGUUGAAUUUGCGGGAAGGAUAAUCUGGGAAAGGAAGUAUUCUACACGCACGUUGUAGAUCCUCGGUUUCUGCUACUCUGUUCGUCUAUGAUAUUGUAAUUAAUUGGAAAAGCGCAUUUUUAGGAGAUUCUCGGCUCAAUUGUUUAUACCUGUUCUCAAAUUCCCACAAAAAUAAGCCUGUUUUGUCACAACGCUUAUAGAGAUUAGGGUAAUUUCUUUUCUGGGUAUUUAUAUUUUCAUCAUAUUAACUAGGAGGGAAGAAAAAGUUUGCUUUGUUAUUAAUUUGUUGGUCUCUGCUAGACAUAUUGUUGUUCAUUGUUCUUGCUAGGAGAGCAAAAUCAUUUUGAUUUCGAUUCUAAUUUCAUAUUAUAUACUUUCACUCUUUGCUGGUCAACGUUCGAAGUGAAAACAGACAAAAGCAAAGUAAAGAACAAUAAAAGGGGAAAACAAAUAAAAAACUUAGCACUCACAAAUAGCGAUUACGCAUUUUGGCCCUUUUGGCUUGAGUAGCAUACAAAGAAGCAGCGAGGCGUGCGCAACUAAUAUUAUACCUGACUUGUACAUUAUAUUAGUCUGCUUGGUGGGGGUGGUUGAGACUUGCCUAACUCGUUUGUUAACCUUAUAAAGCAAAGCCUAUCGCUCUCUUCAUCAUUUUGUGCUAAAAGUUGUUAAAUUUGGGGGUGUCUUAGAGGCUUUUUAGCAGGUGGGUCAAAGAGAAUUGGGGUUAAACAAGAGCUUAUCUCUGAGAUUUGUGAGAGAGAUUAUUGGUUGAUUUUGUGUCGAAGGAAAAACAGAGAUGGGUUCCUAUGGAAAGCUUGCCACGAGGGCUUUGGAGACUGAGAUGCCGGUCAUGGUUCAGAUACAGGAAUUGAUCCGAGGAGCGAAAAAUGCCAUGUCUUUGGCCCAGGGGGUUGUUCAUUGGCAACCGCCCAAACAGGCAUUAGAAAAGGUGAAAGAACUUGUAUGGGACCCUUCAAUUAGUCGUUAUGGUGCUGAUGAGGGUAUCACUGAACUCAGGGAGGCAUUGACAGUGAAGCUGCGAAAGGAAAAUAAAUUGGUGAAAUCUUCAGUUAUGGUUACUGCUGGUGCAAAUCAGGCAUUUGUGAAUCUUGUUCUUGCAUUGUGUGAUGCUGGGGAUUCUGUAGUCAUGUUUGCUCCAUACUAUUUCAAUGCAUAUAUGUCCUUCCAGAUGACAGGCGUCACUAAUAUUUUAGUGGGUCCUGGUAAUGUGAAGACACUUCAUCCAGAUGCAGAAUGGUUGAAAAGGACACUGUCAGAAACUAGACCAGUUCCAAAGGUCGUGACUGUUGUUAACCCUGGUAACCCAACGGGGACAUACAUUCCAGAGCCCCUUCUCAAGAGGAUUUCAGAUCUAUGCAGAGAAGCUGGAUCCUGGCUUGUUGUAGAUAAUACUUAUGAGUAUUUUAUGUACGAUGGUCUAAAACAUUCCUGCAUAGAAGGCGAUCAUGUUGUCAACAUCUUUUCCUUCUCAAAAGCCUAUGGGAUGAUGGGAUGGCGAGUUGGAUAUAUAGCAUAUCCAUCAGAAGUGGAGGGCUUUGCAACUCAACUCCUCAAGAUUCAGGACAACAUACCAAUCUGUGCCUCAUUACUUUCACAGCAUCUGGCCCUCUACUCCUUAGAAAUGGGACCUGAGUGGGUCACUGAGCGAGUGAAAGAUCUUGUGAGGAACAGAGAAAUUCUUCUGAAAGCUCUCUCCCCUUUAGGGGAAGAUGCUGUGAAAGGUGGAGAAGGUGCAAUUUACCUAUGGGCAAAGCUUCCUGAAAAAUAUCUUGAUGAUUUUAAAGUGGUUCGCUGGCUUGCUACAAGGCAUGGGGUGGUUGUGAUUCCAGGAGGUGCUUGUGGAUGCCCAGGGCAUAUUAGGAUCUCCUUUGGGGGCUUGAUAGAGGCUGAUUGUAAAGCUGCUGCAGAGAGGCUGAGGAUAGGGUUAGAAGAACUAGUGAACCAUGGAAUAACAGAGUUAACUGUUUUACAGCCCAUUCAAUAUUGAAAUGUGAAAUCCAUUCACCAAUGUUCAAGUUAACAACUGGUGCAUUUGAAUAAAUGGAGGGUAGGGACCCGUUGAAUGUCUGGAAGUAGAACAAUAGUUCAGUAAAUGUAUGCAUUGUUAAGCUAUUUGCUGCAGUUGCUUUUCUGAUUAUAUUAUUAUUGUUCAAUACAUGGAUAAUGCUUGUAUAUAUGGUAAUAAUUUUAGAUCCAUUGGAAUUUAAGA